CGUAGAGGGAGAAGAACGAUUUACUAUAGUGGUGACAGCAGUUGGCUUUGGUCAAGGCUUUAGAACCGUUCUUUGGACAUUCCUCCACAUCAUGGCGUCGGCGAUAUUCAAUUUGGAUGAUUUGAAUUUCAUUCGAACCAAAGGCCAUGGGAAAUAUUCCAUCGAUCGACAAAAUGAUUCGCGAAAUCAUUGAUUUCAAAAAAAAACUACGAAUCACUCGAAGAAAAUCCUAAAAUGCAAGGGAAAAUCGGCUCAGUUAGGCAAAGAUUUAAAGAAGAAUACGCUAUGCUGAACACCGACCGACCUAGAGACGUAAACAAGCUACAAACGCAAAACUUGAUCGAGUUUCUCGAUUGCAUCGAGAGGUUUUAUACGUCCGAGGAAAAAAAUGACGUUUUCCUCGAUGAAGACAGUGUGAAAGAGGGCCACAGGAUUUUACUUAAGCAAGUGCGUCUUCCAGAAAAGUACACAAAACCUGGACAGCUGAGUGACCGGMSAAAAURUACCACAUAUAAGGGURAARUWUAUUGGUACCAAGAUUUCCCAGAGGAAACAGAUGGAAUGUCUAGACAAUUCUCCCUCAUUAUAGAACAGUUCAAUGCCCUCUACUUUUCAUCGGCUAAAAAGGUCAACAAGGAAGAAAUACAACUGUGCAUUUUCAAGAGUUGUGCCUGGUUCCUUUUUGAAAUACUCGAUCUCCAUCCAUUUUGUGAUGCCAAUGGUCGGCUGUUUAGAGCUCUUUGCAGUUUUUUCAACUCACCAUUUGGCCCAUUCCCUUGUCCAAUCUACAAGGCCUGCAGAGAGGAUCCUCAAGAUCAUACGUGUUGUGAUUUUCCGUGCAAGGAUGAUUAUGAGCAAGCAUUGGUUGAUGCAAGGACCAUAGAGCCUGACAGACAUCCAAGGAAACUCUGUACUAUGAUGAUUUACUGCUGCUGGGACAGCUGGAAGCAGUUUUUAAAGGAAUUAGAGUCAAAUUAAGACGAAUAAUAAUACAGAAAUGGAGGAUUCUGCACAUUACAUGACAGCGAGUUUUGAUG